GAAGGUUUCCUGGAGGAAUCCCUGGAAAAAUUGGCUUUGAAGACAUGCUUCUGCUCAACAGUCACUAGAUUGUUGGCUUUUUUGUUUUAUCAUUAUCCUCCCCAACCACACACAAACCACUGCUCCUCUUUUUCACACCUCUUUGCCACUACAUCUGUUGGAAGUUUGUUUGUUCACCAAGAUCCUAGGAAUCUUGAAGAUGGAGCACUUGAAAUUUCUUGUUGCAACCCUGCUGGUCAUGGGCAUUUUCUGCAGCUCUGUCUCAGGUGAUGCUGGGAUUGAAGGGAUUGAUCCCCUGGUAGUCAAGCAAGAUGAUAUGACCACAACGACUGCUGGGGCACCAGCUCUUGCAGUGACAUCUGUGAUCGCUUGUGUCAUGAACGCAUUCAUCUUGCAUCUGGUGACGUAAAGAUGUCGCCAUUUACACCCGGUUAAUCAUUUGUUCCAAUCUUUUGCUUGCCCUGUGAGAAUGUCAGCUUAUUGAUUCCUGUUUUCUUGUACUAA